UGUGGUCUGUGAUAACAUUUAUGUUCAUUUUAUAUAUUUCAAUUUUCACCUUAAAAUAAAUUAAAUUAAACAAAGCGAAAGGAAAACCAUUUACGAAGGAUAAUAAUCAAAAUAUAUAAUUUUGUAUAUAAUGGUAAAAGAUAGCUGACGUUAUAAUGCAGGGGCUUUUUAUUUGAUAAUUGUGUUAUAAGACAUUAACUACAAAAAUUUACUUGUGGUGCAAGUGAUGAUUUCUUUUCGAGCCUCGACAUAAUUUCAUAACUAUCUAAAUGGUCACACUUUAAAAAGUGGCAAAAUGUUUAGUAACGGUACUGAUUUUCCUCCCGUAAAGGAAGAUACAUUUUGCAAAUAUGUAUUGUAUUACGAGAUAAACAACUCAAGAGUUCGCAUUUGGGAUUUAAUAAUAUUAAUACCAAAUGCGUUAUUUGUGCUUUUCUUAGUUGUCAGAUUUAACAAAGCUCAGUUAAAACUUCGUGCCACAAGUAGUCCCAUAUUUCUUACAUUUUACACUCUUGUAUGGGGAAAUGUCAUAGUCAGUCUUAUAAGAUGUGCAGUUUCCAUGACAGUAAAUGCAUCAGUACCUCUUGGAGGUCUGAUUGAUAAAAUUUUAUGGGUAACUGUAAGAUUCUUCCUUCUUGCAACUGAAAUGAGUGUUGUAAUUUUUGGACUUGCAUUUGGCCACAUGGAUAGUCGCAGCAGCAUUAGAUAUGUUCUAUUGGCCACAUCUCUAAUUUCCCUUGCAUUUACCGUCACUCAGGGUACACUAGAAAUAGUGAUGCCAGAUGACAUGUUCCAUAUUGAUACAAGGGAUUAUAAUCUAUUUGGACAUGGUGGGAUGCUCUUUUGGUUUACAUCAUCAUUGGUUUUUGGGAUUAUUUACUUCAUAAUUUUACUUCUACCAUGGACACCUUUGCGGGAGUAUUUAGCUUUGCCAACAAAACUCUCAUUUUAUUUUUACAUACUGCUACUGACCCUACUUGAUAUGACCCAGUCAGUGGGUACCGGGUUACUAAUGUGGGGAUCUAUGCAAUCAGGUCUCUGUGUUGUUGAUGUUACCACCUGGCUUUACUUUUCACUGUAUACACCACUUGUAUAUCAUACAUUCUUAAGUGAAUUUUUCAGUGUCGCACAACCAAGCAUAAUGUUCUCGUACAAGGCUCAGAUGGAUGAGCCAAUGGACGAAGACCAAGUUUCUUUACCGCAUCAACAAAGUUUUAGCUCACUUAAAACGGAUUCAGACUACAUUUAUCAAAGUAACAGUGUGUAUGAUAGUACACUGUUUGAAGCAGGCGGGACGACCCCAAUGAACCCCGUGUAUAGUGCAUCCUUACAAAGUCCAGACUCUAUUGCAUCUGGUCAAUCGAUAGACUUACAAGCCGGCUUUCCGAACAAAAAUAUGCUCUCUACAUAACAAUAAAGAUAAUUAAAUUGUGUAAUUACCAGUUGUGUCCAAGGGCUUGCUCAUGCUUGCAUGAGAAAUAUAUAUGUUAAACUAGGGGAACGCCCUUGUUUGUGUCGACGGUAGUAAAAACCGUCUCUUCAGAAUUAAUUUAGGGCCUACAAUUUACCCCAAUCAAAAAAGAAAUCUCGAAGAGAGAUUUAUGUAUUACCAUCCUGGUAUACAGUUGGAAUGUUUAUGUAUUGAAAAUCAUUGAAAUUGCUACGCUCUUCUUCAUAGAAAUAAUGCAAUUUGUAAUAGACUAAAGAAUGAUAGAAACGUAAUUAGAUUGUUCAUGCGGCAGUUAAAAUUUAUAUAAAUUGUGUUCUUUUUUGGGUGAAACUUAGAAAAACAUCGACAAAUCUCAAUUAUAAGAAAACAUUAAAUUGUAGGCCUUAAGCUAAAAGUCAACCUUUUUAAACAGUUUGAGAAAUCCGAAUGUCGCAAUUAUCGGCACAUACUGGUAAAGUAGUAUUGGAUCGUGGGGUAGAUACAUUCUCUAAGCCAAGAUUGGAAACCAGGAUAAGUGUAAACUAUGCCAGUAUUUGAAUAAAUAAUCCCUAAAGCAUCCAAAGGUUAGAAUUAGAAUUAUUUUCUAUAUGAAAUGAUAUAUUACGAAUCUCACGAACAAUGUGUCUUAGACUGACACACCAUCUCCGCUUUAAGCUAAGUAAUGGAUCCAUCCACACAAUUUUCACGUUAGAAUAAGAUUAUUGUAAUAAUUUUUAUAAUAGCUAAUUUCCAAUGCUAGCAUAGACGUUGUCAUUCUCCUUUGUCUUUAUAAAAAUGGCAAAACUAAAUCAAUGGAUCCAACAAAUGUCUGAUCAGGUAAAUAUAAGACUGUCGCAGUAAAGGCGUUAAAUCUGAGAGUUAAUUAAAUCUCUUAAUUAAAGAUCGAUAAUCAAAUAAUAAAGCAGCAUCGAAAUAAUUUAUCUAUCUGUCUGACCGAAAGCCAGUGAGUUGAUUAAUAAUGUAAAACAAGAUGGCGGUCAUGACAGCAGCUGAUCACUUUUAGAGUUUUGUUAAGACAUUCAAUUAACUGUAUAAUAUUAAAUUCCUGAACUUUCAAUGAAUUUUCCCACGGGCAAGUUUUCGAAAGCCAAGUAAUAAGUGUUCGAAAUUAGCUAUAAUGCAAUAUAAAAUACAAUAAUUAGUCAAGUUUUAUAAAUAAGAAAAAAAAGGUUUCGAAUAUAUAAAUUUAAGUACUCGUAAACAUUUAAAAUAUUUUCGGUAAUUAAUUUUUGCUGGUUAGUUAGUUAGUUAGUUAUUUGGUUAUAAGUUAUUUGGGGUAAACAGUAUUUAUAAUAUGUAUUUGUGAGAUUGUUUGCCUAUAUUAUGAUUGAAAUAGUAACAAGAAUUAGUGAAUGCAAUAUAAAUACUUUAAGGUGGAAAUAGAUUAUUAAAGCGCAACGCAUAUUGUCGUGAUCACUUUCAAUUCGUGCACUACCAACACGCGAUGGCAUUAUUGAUUGAAUGUUGCAUGAGGAUAUAAGAUACGCAAUGUGGGUAAACGAACGAGAAAAAAAAUAACUUGGUGUUAGGGUAGAAAAGGGAAAUUGUUUAUGUACUUUCCUGUUUCUUCCGCUUCCGGGUUAUAUUUGCCUUAAAGUGCCUAUGAAUGCGCCAAGCAUUCGAAAGCGUUUUAUACAAUUACUCACAGGUAGCGCCGGAGUUCUCGAUAUGGCAUGUCCUCUCUCCCUCACUCUGUAAAUUCCAAUAGCGACAGCUAGUACCGAUCCUGAUCUGCAAUUGUUUUUUUUUGCAUCCAACAAUUUAGUUGCACGUAAAAUGUUGGGUUUGUUUUUGAGCACAAAAUUAUACACAUAAGAUUCUCAGCCACUAGUAGUAGGACUGUCAUGUAUAGGUUGAUAUGGGGAAGAGGGAAGAGCGAGACAUUCUGCAAUUUCGCUUUUUUCACUCAUACAAAGUGAGAGCUGAGCACAGUGGUCGAUUACUGGUUGUAGGUUGGGCAAAAUUUGUUGCCGACUAUCUAUAAAGCAUCACAAAACUGUCAAUAAAAUUUUGAGAGCUUUGCUUACUUUUUCUGACAAAAGAGGGGGGGGGGGGGAUUAUAUUAAAUCCAAAGAUCCGACCCAAAACGCGUCGCGUUUCACGCUUUAAGUAUUUUUCCGCCAUUGUACUUGUAUAAAUAUUUUUUUCUAUUUAUUUUACUGUGAUGUUUUACCUACUUAUUUUUGUUGUUUAUUGAUUAUUUUAUGUUUGUAUAAUGUCAAGAUACAGCAAAGCUGUCGUAUUUAGGUUGUUCAUAAAUUAGUCAUUUUUAGUGAUAUCACAGUAUGAUUAGUUUUGUGCACUUAAAAUAUAUUAUUUUUAGUACAGUAAAUUUAUGGGUGUUUUUUUAUGUGCGAUUUUAAGAAUGUUGACUUUUUUAACAGUAUAAUAAGCCUUGAAAGCAAUAUCCGUAUGAGUUUGUUUGCAAGCAACUCGCCCCUAAACUAGUUUAUUCCCACCAAUUUUGGUAGCUAACACAUAUUUCUUUUGUCUAUUUUUGUUCACUUUUGGUUUUUGGUACACCAUGUAUUUGAUAGAUCGCGACGAAUUUUAUGUAAUAUAGAUUGAUACGGAAUUUGUCAGAUGUAGCUAGUCUUAGGUUUUAUAUAUUAAGUGAUUAGACACGCUAAAAUGAUGAGUUUUGAAGCAAUAGUUUUAUAGUGACUAAAGCUAAUUGGUACUUAUACAUUUCUAACUUAAAUAUUGAAGUACUCUGACAAUUAACAUACACAGCAUAGUUGUCAAUUUAAACCCAAAGUGCCGAUUGUCAAUUUUUCCUUUAUAAUGUGAUACUGAACAUGCUGUAUACUUAUAUACUCAUGUAAAACCUUAAAUUAAGUGAUAUUUUUGGUUUAAUUUGUAGCUAUAUUUUUUUGUUAUUUUAAACUAUAUGGAAUAAAGUAAUGAAUUUACAA